AUGAAGCAUGCUGACAGAACUCAAGGUCUGCGAAAGGCUGUGGCGAUCCCUUCUGUUUCUGCACAAGAUGAGAACAGGAAGGACGUUUUCAGAAUGGCUCAGUUUCUUGCCUCCGAGUUGGAGGCACUUGGCGCUGAGGUGCAUCAAAGGCCGCUGGGAAAACAGCCUGGGAAGGAACACCUUGACCUACCCCCAGUUGUCAUCGCUCGGUAUGGCAAUGAUAAAAACAAGCGAACCAUCCUAGUUUACGGUCAUUACGAUGUCCAGCCAGCGUUAAAAGAAGACGGAUGGGCCACUGAGCCUUUUCAAUUAACGGUUGACAGCCAAGGAAGGAUGUACGGCCGCGGAAGUACAGACGACAAAGGCCCCGUCUUGGGAUGGUUGAAUGUGAUCGAGGCUCAUAGAAAAGCUGGUGUUGAGCUGCCGGUCAACCUUCUUUGCUGCUUUGAGGGCAUGGAGGAGUAUGGCUCGGAAGGAUUAGAGGAGUUUAUUCAAGCUGAGAGCAAAAGCUUUUUCAAGGAUGCGGAUGCUGUCUGCAUAUCAGACAAUUAUUGGCUUGGAACAGAGAAACCCUGUCUAACCUAUGGCUUGCGAGGCUGCAACUAUUACUCUGUCAGUGUCACAGGGCCCGCUCAGGAUCUUCAUAGCGGAGUUUUCGGUGGAUCUUCCCAUGAGCCUAUGACAGAUUUGGUCCAUGUGAUGUCUAAACUUGUUGAUACUCAUGGCAACAUCUUAGUACCCGGCAUCAUGGACCUUGUUGAGCCAUUGACAGAGGAAGAAAAGGCCCUCUAUCCCAAUAUCAGCUACACAAUGGAUGACCUUCAUCAGUCCCUGGGGAGCAAAACUAGCAUUCACCCAACGAAAGAAAGAACGCUCAUGGCUAGAUGGAGGUAUCCAUCUUUGUCGCUUCAUGGCAUCGAAGGCGCAUAUUCGGCCCCGGGCGCUAAAACAGUUAUACCAGCGAAGGUCAUUGGUAAAUUCUCGAUUCGGACUGUCCCCAAUAUGGAAAGCAAAGAUGUGAAUAAACUCGUCUUCGAUUACAUCAAGGCGGAAUUUGCAAAGCUGAAUAGCAAGAAUACUUUGGACGUGUGGCUGCAGCAUGAUGGAAAAUGGUGGGUUGCCAGUCCCAAACACUGGAACUUCAGUGCUGCAAGCAAGGCAGUGAAGCAGGUAUUUGGUGUUGAGCCAGAUAUGACACGUGAAGGUGGCAGCAUUCCUGUCACCUUGAGCUUUGAACAGGCGACUGGCAAGAAUGUUUUGCUUUUGCCGAUGGGCAGCUCAACUGAUGCUGCUCAUUCCAUCAACGAGAAGCUUGAUAAGAGGAAUUACAUUGAAGGGGUAAAAUUGCUUGGUGCCUACCUCCACUAUGUUGCAGAAGAGCCUAUGGUGGCGGCAUAG